CGGCCCAAUAGAGAGACGGCGGGCCGAAGUUGGGUCACCCGGGCGAGUUCUGUUCAGUUUCUGCAGAUGUUCUAGCGGAGGACGAGGCCCAGUGGUCCUCUAAUGAUGCAUGUGGACUAGGCCUGGUUUCAAUGGCAGGGUGUACGGACAUCGAAAGCAGCAUUGGACCAACACUUGCCUUUCUUGUCAUAAGCAACAAAGCCACAACUAAUC